AUGCAAUCUGAAUUACAAGCUUUUGAUGCCAAUCACACCUGGUCUUUGGUCCCUCUUCCUCCUGGCCAUCGCCCAAUUGGCUGCAAGUGGAUAUUUCGGAUUAAAUACCACUCUGAUGGCACCGUUGAACAUUACAAGGCUCGCCUCGUUGCCAAAGGAUUCAACCAACGCGAGGGUAUUGAUUUCCAUGACACUUUUGCUCCUAUUGCGAAAUUAAUCAUUGUUCGUUGCUUGCUGUCCAUUGCUGUUGUUCGUCACUGGUCUUUGCAUCAAAUGGAUGUCCAGAACGCCUUUCUUCAUGGCGAUCUCCAAGAGGAGGUUUACAUGUUACCCCCACCUGGUUCUCGUCAACAGGGGGAGCAGGUUGUGUGUUGA